AUGAACAAGACAGAGCUCAUCACUGCUGCAGGCUUUGCUGUAUCAUUGCUGGUCCACAUGACCCAGGCCGAAGCCUGUCCUGCCUCCUGUGACUGCAAGUCCCUGGGAGACACGAAGGGUUUGCAGAUCGACUGCAGCUCAAGGAUGCUGACAGCAGUGCCUGCCUUGCCUGGUGACACCAAGAGGCUUUAUCUCCAGAACAACAGCCUGACCUCGGUUCCUCCCGGCACCCUGGACAGCUUGCACAGCCUGGAGGAGGUGAAAACCUCUGACAACCCUUGGAACUGUGACUGUCACAUUCUGUACCUCAGACUCUGGCUAGAAGACGUCUCUGCACCCUCUCUUGCAAAAGCCACAUGCGCAACCCCAGCUCCUGUGAGGAUGAAGCCCUUGAGGCAGCUAACUGGGAAUGAGCUGGGGAGUUGCAAGAGGCUUCUCCCCAUCAAGUGCCUGGAGUUCUUUUGGCGAGACCUCAUUUUAAUUGCUGGUGCAAUAAUCACACUUAUUUUAGUAGCAUGGGCUCUGAAAUUCUCCAAAAAGCUGGUCUGCCAACUAAACCUAUGUCAGCCUCCCCCUCGGGCUGGCUGCUGCCACUAG